CUCCCGCGCUGCAUAGGGCUCGGUGACAGCAGCGGGCUGAGACACCCUCGCCGAGCGCGGCGGGAGCUCCGCUGCCAGCCGGCCGCCUCGCUGCACGCACCCGAGCCCCGCCGCCCGCCUGGCAGGGCUGCCGAAGAAUGCGGAGCCAUGGGCCAGGGCUGCGGACACUCCAUCCUCUGCCGGAGCCAGCCGUACCAGGCGGCAGCGUCUGACCUACGGGGCCAGCAGGUUUUCUUGAAGGUGGAGGACGCCGUGCCCGGCUCCGAGGCGCUACAGGAUGCCCUGCUGAGCCUGGGGGCUGUCAUCGAUGUCUCCUGCCUGCGGGAUGCCCUCCGCCAUGCCCUGGUCUCCCUGCUGCCCAGAGUGGAGCAUGUCUACAUCUACCUGCUGGAUGGGGAAACCCGGCUGAUCUGUGAUGACCCCCCCCACGAGCUGCCACCCGAGGGGAAGCUCAGGGAUGCGGUGCGGAAGCAGAAGCGGCUGGAGUGUGGGGGGCUGCCCCCCGCCGAGCUCCCCAGCCGGCAGCUGGGCCCCCUGGCAGCACCCCUGGCCCCUGGCACGCAAGUGCGCAUCAUCCCGCUGGUGGACAAGGAGAGUGGGGCUGUGGUGUGCGUCAUCCUGGUACACUGUGGCCAGCUGAGCGACUCGGAUGAGCAGAACCUACGUGCGUUGGAAAGACACACCCUGGUGGCAUACCGGCGCCUGCAAGCCCUGCAGAAGCUGCAGCCCUGGCCCCAGGUCAGCCUCUCCACCAGCUCCUCCCAGAACUCCCUGGCCAAGACAGAGAAGGCACCUGAAAGCAGCUACAGUGACCUGGACUGCAAGAUCCUGCAGCUCUGCGGUGAGCUGUAUGACCUGGAUGCUGCCUCACUCCAGCUCAAGGUCAUCAACUAUCUGAAGCAGGAGACCCAGUCACUGUGCUGCUGCCUCCUACUUGUCUCUGAGGACAACCACCAGCUCUUCUGCCAGGUGGUGGGAGACCGUGUCCUCGAGGAGGAGAUCAGCUUUUCGCUCACCUUUGGGCGCCUGGGGAAGGUGGUGGAGGACAAGAGGUCCAUCACCUUGAAGGACAUCAGCGAGGAGGAGCACAAGCAGCUGAGCAGCAUGUUGGGCAGCGAGGUCACCUCCAUGCUCUGUGUCCCUGUCAUCAGCCGGGCUACCUCCCAGGUGGUGGCAUUGGCCUGCGCCUUCAACAAACUGAGCGGGGGGAGUUACACCAAGGCAGACGAGCACAAGAUCCAGCACUGCUUCUGCUAUACCUCCACGGUGCUCACCAGCACUUUGGCCUUCCAAAAGGAGCAGAAGCUCAAGUGCGAAUGCCAGGCCCUGCUGCAGGUGGCGAAGAACCUCUUCACGCACUUGGACGACGUCUCUGUUCUGCUCCAGGAGAUCAUCACAGAGGCCCGAAACCUCAGCAAUGCAGAGAUAUGCUCCGUGUUCCUGCUAGACCGGCUCAGCCACGAGCUGGUGGCCAAGGUGUUUGACGGUGGCGUGGUGGAUGACGAGAGCUACGAGAUCCGCAUCCCUGCCGACCAGGGCAUCGCCGGGCAUGUGGCCACCACUGGCAAGAUCCUCAACAUCAAGGAUGCCUACUCCCACCCGCUUUUCUACCGGGGGGUGGACGACAGCACCGGCUUCCGCACCAGGAACAUCCUCUGCUUCCCCAUCAAGAACGAGAGCCAGGAGGUCAUCGGGGUGGCAGAGCUGGUCAACAAGAUCAAUGGCCCCUGGUUCAGCAAAUUCGACGAGGACCUGGCAACCGCCUUCUCCAUCUACUGUGGCAUCAGCAUCGCCCAUUCACUGCUGUACAAGAAGGUGAAUGAGGCGCAGUACCGCAGCCACCUGGCCAAUGAGAUGAUGAUGUACCACAUGAAGGUGUCAGACGAUGAGUACACCAAGCUGCUGAGCGAGGGAAUCCAGCCCGUGUCCACCAUUGACCCCAACUUUGCCAACUUCACCUACACGCCACGCUCGCUGCCCGAGGAUGACACCUCCAUGGCCAUCCUGAGCAUGCUGCAGGACAUGAACUUCAUCAACAACUACAAGAUGGACCGUCAGACGCUCACCAGGUUCUGCCUGAUGGUGAAGAAGGGCUACCGUGAUCCCCCCUACCACAACUGGAUGCAUGCCUUCUCUGUCUCCCACUUCUGCUACCUGCUCUACAAGAACCUGGAGCUCGUCAACUACCUGGAAGACAUCGAGAUCUUUGCCCUCUUCAUCUCCUGCAUGUGCCAUGACCUGGACCACAGAGGCACCAAUAACUCCUUCCAGGUGGCCUCGAAAUCGGUCCUGGCUGCGCUGUACAGCUCGGAGGGCUCCGUCAUGGAGAGGCAUCACUUCGCCCAAGCCAUUGCCAUCCUCAAUAGCCAAGGCUGUAACAUCUUUGACCACUUCUCCCGCAAGGACUACCAGCGCAUGCUGGACCUCAUGAGGGACAUCAUCUUGGCCACUGACCUGGCCCACCACCUGCGCAUCUUCAAGGACCUCCAGAAGAUGGCAGAAGUGGGCUACGACCCUAAGAACAAGCAGCACCACAGCCUGCUGCUCUGCCUGCUUAUGACCUCCUGUGACCUCUCCGACCAGACCAAGGGCUGGAAGACCACCAGGAAGAUCGCGGAGCUGAUCUACAAGGAGUUCUUCUCCCAGGGUGACCUGGAGAAGGCCAUGGGCAACCGCCCGCUGGAGAUGAUGGACCGGGAGAAAGCCUACAUCCCCGAGCUGCAGAUCAGCUUCAUGGAGCACAUCGCCAUGCCCAUCUACAAGCUGCUGCAGGACCUCUUCCCCAAGGCAGCGGAGCUCUACGAGAGGGUGGCCAGCAACCGGGAGCAGUGGACCAAGGUCUCCCACAAAUUCACCAUCCGGGGUUUGCCCAGUAACAACUCCCUGGACUUUCUGGAUGAGGAAUAUGACCCGCAGGCCCCCGACCCCCAGCUCAACGGCUGCCUGGAGCCCGAGGGGGGGCAGCCAGAGGCAGGGGCUGAGUAAAAGGGGCAAUGAGGGGGGCUACGGCCACAGCUGGACCAGGAGCAUCCCCAACCCUCAUCCCCCAGCCUAUGGGGAGGAGGUUUGGGGGGGGGACAUCAGUGACUCUGGACCACAACAGCAAGGUCUGUGUGUUGCCAGCACCCACCGCUGGUCCUUUCCCACCAGUGGGUGACUGUCCCCUCCCUCCGGGGCAGGUAUUCAGGUGUCCCCUCCACCUGGUGGUCCCCUGGACCCCUCUUUGCUAGGACUCUGCCUCUGUGGCCGGGGACACCGGGGGACACCGUGGGGCUGAGGGAUGGAUGUGCUUUAAACUGCCUUAAGGCUGCAGGUCGUGUCCCCACGGGGUGACAACAGGGACGAUGCCCUCGGCAGAAGCACCCCUGGAGGGGUUGUCCCCCUGAAAGGGGGCUGUGGGUCUGCCGGGGGUCAGCGGGAUGGAGGGGGACAGUGUGGAGCAGGAUGGCGAGGAGCAGUGGGAGUGCUGGGGGUGGGGUGGGCUGCAGGGCACAGGGGUGUCCCCAUAGACCCCAAAGUGGGGCGUGAGGCUGUGGGAGGGGGCUGGGAGGUCUGAGGACAGAGGAGCCAGGCUCAGGCCCAUGGAAGGAGGCUGGUUCUGGCUGGAGGAGGGAAGAGGCACCCAGAGCAGGAUGGCCAUGGCCGUGGCCAUGGGGGUGCUCUGCCUGCAUCCCCUGCUGCCUCCCAGCAGCUGCCGAGCAUCUGUUGGCUAAAAGCCCCCCCAGCCCCGGGACCCCUGGAUCCACUCACCUGUGGAAGGACUCGUGUCCCUCGCCCAGCCUGGUCCCACACAGCUACGUCCCCUGCAAGGGCUAGAUGCGUGCCAAGGCUGGAAGGGCUCCUGCUCCUGGUUUGCACGCAUGGGGUGUGUGUGUGUGUGUGUGCUGCGCUCCCACAGGGACACUGCAGGAGGUCCUGUCCCCACCGUGUCCCCUCAAUGUCCCCACCACGUGGGUGUUUCUCUAGCUCAGCACUGUGGUGCCCGCCCAGGAGCCUCCUGUCUGCAAGCAGCUGCACCAGUGACCGAUGUGUCCAUGAGCAUCCCCAGCUCACAGUGGCUUCACAACUCCUGCCAUACUGACCACCAUGCAUGGACCCUGAUGGUCUCCUGUGGUCCCUCUGGUCCUGCAGACCACCGUGCAUGGACCCUGAUGGUCUCCUGUGGUCCCUCUGCUCCUGCAGACCACCGUGCAUGGACCCUGAUGGUCUCCUGUGGUCCCUCCAGUCCUGUUGACUGCUGUGCAUGGACCCUGCCAAUGUCCCAUGGUCCCUCUGGUCCUGCAGACCACCAUGCAUGGACCCUGAUGGUCUCCUGUGGUCCUUCUGAUACUGCAGACCACCAUGCAUGGACCCUGAUGGUCUCCUGUGGUUCUUGUGGUCCCAUCAACUGCCAUGCAUGGACCCUGUCAUCCUCCUGUGGUCCCUCUGAUCCCACUGACUGCCAUGCCUGGACCUUACCAUCCUCCCAUGGACCCUCUGGUCCUACAGGCCACCAUGCAUGGAUGGUGAUGGCCUCCUGUGGUCCCUCUGGUCCUACUUAGCAUUGUGCAUGGAUCCUGCUGGCUUCCCAUGGCUGCUCUGGCCAUGCAAAGACCCACCAGUCUCCCACCAUCCCUCCUGCCCUGCUGACUGCUGUGCAUGGACCCUGCCAUCCUCCUGUGGUCCCACUGGUCCUACAGACCACCAUGCAUGGAUGGUGAUGGCCUUCUGUGGUCCCUCCUGUCCUACUGACCACCGUGCACAGACCCUGCUGGUCCCUCCAGUCCAACAACCCAACACGUGUGGAUUGCCUCAGCCCUGGGGGCUCUGCUCAGCCAGCCUUCCCCCUCCCCCCCCCCCCCCAGGGUCUCUCCAACUGUGUGUGACCCAGGUCUUUGUUGCCCCAACCAAAGCCACCCGAAACAGCCAUGAGCAGGGGAACCAGACCAUGGUGAGCCGUGGUGAGCAGCUUGCUUUGCUGGGGUUGAGCGGAAGGGGGGCCGGGGAUGAGGGUGGAUGCUGAGCCCCCAGGGACUGGGGUGCACUGAGCCCCCCUGGCUGCAUCACCCAGCUCAUGGGAAAUGGCAGGGUCACCAUCACAGCAGGGGAAGGUGAUGGAAGUGGCACAGUGAAAUCCUGGCACUGCUGGGGUCGGUCCCACCAGGAUCGGUCCCACCAUGGUCAAGGGCAGCCCGGUUGCAGCCAUGGAGCCAUCUGCCGCCCCAUCCCCACUCUUCUGCAGCAUCCCACGGCACCACCCCUGCGCCGAGUCCCAGCAGUGCCGCAGCAGGUCCCCGCGGUACAGUGGUGCUCCCAGUGCAUCCCUCCGGGAUUUGAGCGAUGGGGCGGCUGCUCCUCUCGACAUCUCAUCUGUAAGAAACACCACACACAUUUUCUCGGGGUACCCAGAGUGUGCGUGUCUGCAGGAGCAAUGGGAGACCCCAAUGCUGAGCUGCUCCCCGGGGACGAAGUGAACUGAAUUCCUUUUGCCUUA